UAAAAGGCAGAAGAAGCUGCAGGAGCGGACGGACGGACAGAUCUGUGCUGCACGGUGAGGACGCCGGCAGCUGUGAGGAGCAAUAUCACCGAGGACACGCCCGCUGCUGACGAUGCCGCCGGUGCUUUCGAUGCCGCAGCCUAUCUGCCUAAUAGAGAAUGUUAACGGGAAUACUCUGGUCAUUAAUAAAGAUGCGGAGAAGAUCCUUCUGGAAAUCUCGCAGCCGGUGGUGGUUAUCGCAAUCGUAGGAAAAUACCGGACGGGGAAAUCCUAUCUGAUGAACAAACUGGCCGGGAAAAGAAGCGGUUUUGCUCUGGGAUCCAGCAUCCAGUCAAAGACCAAAGGGAUCUGGAUGUGGUGCGUUCCUCACCCUCAAAAUCCUGGACAAACCCUUAUUCUACUGGAUACAGAGGGACUGGGCGAUGUGGAGAAGGUGGGUUACACCAAUCGGACAGAUAUGAAGGGCUCUCUGUAGUGUGGAUUACUCAUU